AUGCCUGAAAAUAUUGCCUCAUGGAUGCCUGGAAUAAUCACGUGCACUUAUGUAUUAACCCGCUCCUCAGCUUCCUUUCCAUCUUCUGAAUCAAGGAUCAAAAAGCGGCGUCGCUAUGAACGCUUGGCCGCCACAAGCCAGCCAUCACACGCUCAAGUCGACAAAGCACCUAUCGAAAUCACACAUUUGUCGACAAAGCAUCCAUCGGCAUCACAUAUUCCUAUUAUCAAAACACCUAUCGAAAUCCCACAUUCAAGCCAACAAAGCACCUAUCGAAUUCACACGUUCAAGUCGAUAAUGACCAAUCAAUACAAUACGAUCAACGUCGGUGGUGCUGGUGCUGCUGGUGGUGGUCGGCGCCAUGUGCGCUGCAACUACUGCCGAAGAUAG